AUGACGAAAAUAACAGAUGCAGCAACGAGACAGGCAGUUCAAAGUGCCUAUGACGCCGUUAGAGCAACUGUUGUGGAAAGUCAAGAAAAAGAGUUACAACAGACCAAAACAGACCUAGUAAAUGCUUUCUUAAGAACGAAAAGUCAGGUAGGACAUUAUGCUGCAGAUGGAACAUAUGUGCCAGCUGGUGGAACUUAUAUACCAGCUGGUGGAACUUAUAUACUAGCUAGUGGAACUUAUAUACCACCAAACCCUCCAAGAGAAGCACCUGCACCAGGACUACCUAAAACAUUUACAUCGUCACAUGGACACAGACACAGGCAUGCACCAAAACCAACACAACAACCAACAGUUCAAAAUCCAGCACAACAACCAACAGUUCAAAACACUGCACCACAACCAACAGUUCAAAACACUGCACCACAACAACCACAAACAGAGCAAGGACAUAAAAGAAGUAGAGAACAAGGAAACCAAGAAUUCUUAAAAAUGCUUAAGGAAGACUAUGGUUACCCAGAUACUCUUGACUUUAGUGACAGAUAUAAAGAAGCUAUUAAAAAGUUCAAGGAAGGAAAUGCUGACCCGAACCUAUUUAGCUUUAUGGUUCAGCACCAAAUGGGAUAUAAUUUCAAACCUGGAAAAUACAAGCUCGCUAAGGGAUAUGAUUUAAUAGCAUAUCAUCCAAAUGACAUGGAUGAAUUUACUCCGAGAUAUUUGGUGUCAGAGCUAAAUGAUAAUUCAACUCUCUUCAUGAAACGCGUAAAAAAUAGAGACGGAACGAAAGAAGAAAGGUUUAUGAGUCCGGAUGACUUAGAUAGGGAACUUGUUAAAAACGGUCUCGGAAUAUAUGAAAUGCCAGCAGAUGAGGUACAAGAAACUCCACAGGAAGAAGUUCAGAUACAACCAGACAUGGAAGAAAUAGUUCAGCAACAACAGCUAGAAGAGCCUGAAGGAAACGAACAA